AUGCCUUCACGCUCUUCCAGUUUCCACUUGAAUGUCUUUUCCGCAUGCAAGUCCCUGCCUGCUGCAGUUUCUCCCCUUCAUUCCCCUCUCUUUCACUACUUCUGUAUUCAACAUUACGUCUCUCUGUCAGGCGGGGGGGAAGGCAACAAGGAAGAGGAGAGAGAAAAUGGUAGAGGGGAGGAGGAUCAGGAUGGGGACGAGGCAGAGAAAGAGGAGGAGAAACAGGGGAACGAGGAGAAAGAGGUGGAAGAGGAGGAGGAGGAAGAGGAAGAGGAGGAAGAGGAGGAGGAGGGGACAUGGAGGCCUUCGUUCUCAGCCGUCAAGGCACUGGUGGAGCGAGCGAGGGAAAGAGCAGAGGAUGGUGCAGACGAGGCAGGUGACAGGGAGGAGGAAGAGGAGGGGCGUGUGAGAGAGGAGGGCGCUGAUGGAGAGGUUCGAGAGGAGAGCAGUGGGGAGAAGGAGGGGAGCGGUGGGAAUGCCGAGGCAGCUGAAAAGGGGGAAGAAGUAUCAGGGGAGGGGAGAGAAGGGGCAGCAGAGGGCGAAUGGGAGGCGUGCAGAGCGGUGAUUGAGGCGCUCAUGCUCGCUGCUGGGCCUUCAGACAGUGCUGCUGGUGGUGGUGGUGGUGGUGGUGGUGGUGGAGAUGCAGCGAUGGGGAGCAGGAAGGAAGAAGUGGCAGGGAGGAAGGCGGAGAGGAGAGGGGGUGGGAGGAGGGGAGGGCGGAGGGAGGUGGUGGGGGCGGUGACAGGGACGGGGCCUCUGGACAGACAGCUGGCAGCGAGUGGGUUCAGCAUGCAGAACGAGGCUGAGCUGGAGCAGGUGAGUGGUGAGGUGGAAUGCUUUACUGCUAAGCUGGUGGGUGAACGCGCGUGGGUGCAUGUGAUGAUGUGUGUGUCCAUCACAUUCAUCCUUCUGUCUUCUCGCUCAACCAUAAACCCUCCCCCCUCUUACUGCAUCUGUCCCCUUCCCCCCUCUCGUGUGUGCCCCCUUCAGUACAUGGAAGAGUCGCAGUGGAGGGAGACAAGUCACUUGGAAGGCAAAGAGAAUGGCAUGGAGGGGAACCAAGAGGAAGAUGAGGAGGAGGAUGAGGAGGAGGAUGAGGAGGAGGAGGAGGAGGAGGAGGAGGAAGAGGAUAUUGAUGAAGACGAAAACGAGGGUGAGCCCACCGGUGAGGGUGCAGAGGAGGAGGAUGGUAGUGAAGGUGGGAACGACAGCAAUGAUGACAAUCAACUUCAAGAGGGGGAUGGGGACGAGGGCAUGGGGAAAUCCACACAUGGCAGUACAGUUGGAAACGGGAACACCCACCACGGUGCUCAGUCUUAA